AUGCCAAAGCGAAAAAAUAAAGUGCCAGAUCGCUGGGAGAAAUAUGAACCAUUUGGCACACCACUAGAGAUUAAAGAAAAUGCACAAAUACUGGCUUUCAAAGUACCACUGUGUGAUGCAUUUUCUCGUAAACUUAAGGAAGCCAAACCUUUCAGUCUUCAAGAUUUGUUUAGAGAUGUGAAAAACUUAGCUUUAGUCAUUGACCUUACCAAUACAGAUCGUUACUACAACAAGAAAGAUAUAACAGAUAAGGAUGUUGCAAUUGACGGCAAAAAUAUCAAAGUUCAGUAUAAGAAAAUUAAGAUUCCAGGCAAAAGGCUUCCAUCAGAAGAGUCUGUAACGAUUUUUAAAGAGACUGUUAGCAAGUUUCUUGAAGUUACUCAAUCCAAGAGUUCUGUAAUUAUCGGUGUUCAUUGUACGCACGGUCUCAAUAGAACUGGAUACAUGGUUUGCAGAUACUUGAUAGACUGUUUAAAAUAUGAACCAGAUGAAGCCAUUAAAACCUUUAAUGAUAUGCGACACCAUGAAAUGGAGAGGUACUGUGAUGAUUUAAGACAGAUGCCAUUGAAGACCCAUGUUCAACAACACAGUGCUGCAUAUAAUGGUCAAGAGAACGUUAAACCUGCAAGACCAGACAGUGCUAAAGGAGAUUGCAAAUCAAGAAAUACACCAGAAUCAUCA